AUGCCCGGUCACGUGAACCACCUGCUGCUCCUUGGCUGCCUGCUCUGCCUGCUCGGCGAUGUGCCGAGCACCGAGGCCUUCCACCGCUGGAGUCCCAUGAUGAAGGCCUUCCGCUAUCUGCAGGAGACCAUGCUCCGGAACAGCCUGGAACGUGCCCACCUCAAUCACGGGAUCGUCUUCGAGUGCCGCACCAUAUCGGCCAAGGAUUUCGGCAAUGAAGUGCACUUCAAUCUGCAGCUUGGAGACCUUCGAGGAUUCCGCCGCCUGGAUCCCAACAAGAAGCUGGCUCUAUUUCUGCACGGCUGGAAUGAUCAGGGCAGCAAGGAUUGGGUGCAAGAACUAUUGCUGACCUGGACCCUCUUCGACGCCAACUACAACGUGUGCGUUGUGGACUGGGGAAACCUGUCGCAGAACGACUACAAGUCCGCCUCCAUGUCCAUCUUCGAUGUGGGUCUGACGGUGGCCGGCAUCAUCAUGGCCCUGGAGGAGCUGCGUCCCAAUCACUUUCACCGCAGCAACGUGACCCUGGCGGGCUAUAGUUUGGGUGCCCAUGCCGCCGGCUAUGCGGGCGCCGUGCUGGAGGGUCAGGUGGAGCAGAUCAUUGGGCUGGAUCCCGCCGGACCGCUGUUCUCGCUGCCCGCCGAGGUGGCGCCCAAGUACCGCUUGGAUCCCGGCGAUGCCCAGUUCGUCCAGGUGCUCCACACCUCCGGCGGCUCCCUGGGCACCAAUCUCAAGUGCGGUCACGCCGAUUUCUAUCCCAAUGGCGGUAGGGCGCCGCAGCCGAACUGCAAGAUGUUUGCCAAUCUGCGCGACAUGCAGAAUACCAAUCCCGUUUCCUGCAGCCACUCGGCGGCUGCCAUUUUCUUCCGCCAGUCGAUGGAUCCCGAGUACCCGUUCGUGGGCAGCGAGUGCGGCAGCAACCGGGAGUUCUCCGCCGGAUUUUGCGAUGGCAACCGGAAGGCGCGCUUCGGGAUCCAUUCGCAGCGGCGUGCGCGGGGGAGCUUCUACUUCCGCACCGCCCCCCAGCCGCCGUACGUGCAGCGGCGGCAGGCCGACUGGCUGAGCGGGGUGGGGCGCAUGGCGGCGGCCAAGGUCAGUCCGGGCGCUCAGAGCCCCCUUAUGCUGCGCCUCUGGACGAACAGCUGGCGGCGCGAGCGAGCGAGAGAGCGACAGCGGAGAGACAGAGACCGAGACAGAGAGAGAGACAGAGAGAGAGAGGUAUCGCUGUGCGCGAGUAACUUAACUAGUUCCUAGUGUUUUGUUAGUGUUAUAAAAUAAACGC